AUGCUUAGUCGACUUACAAAGACUGUGCUUUCCGGAAGCGGAAGCGGAAGCGGAUUGAGAUUUGCGUCAAGUGCCGCCAACAAUUUGUUCAAUCAGGCCAAUUUGACGGCGGAUCCAUCGAAGGUGGGACUUUUUUUGUGGGGGGGGGGGAUUUUGGGAAAAUUUCACUGUUUCAAGAAUUUUAUGAGUAAAAUUGGAAUUUUUGAGGAAUUUGAUUUGAUUCAAAUUUUAGUAACAAAAAAUUGUGCAGAAAAAUUCACUGUUUUAAAAAUUUUAUGAGUAAAAAUUUGAAGUUUUGGGAAAUCUAAUCAUAAUGUUUUCUGUAGUUCGAAAAAUUUUUGCCAAAAAAAUUCACUGUUUCAAAAAUACUUUACUCGAAAUUACCGAUUUGAACCUCGUUCUAUGUUGAAAUUGUAUAAGCUCGAAUUUUCAAAAUCAACAGAAAUUUCGUAGGAAAAUUUACUGUUUCAAGAAUUUUAUGAGUAAAAUUGGAAGUUUUGGAAAAUUUGAUUCCUUGCUAAAAUUUCGGAAUAAUUUUUAAUAGUUAAUUAAAUGAACAAAUUUUACGAGCCAAAAAAAUAUCACGAGAAAAAAUUUUUUUCCAAAAAAAAAUUCACUGUUUCAAGAAAUAAAUAUCAGAAAUUUGUGAUUUGAUCGGCUAAUAAUAAUAAUCGUUUUGUUCAUAGUGAAAUUUCAUAAUCCUGUUCUUCAGAUAUUCCGUAGGAAAAUUCACUGUUUCAAAAAAAAGUGAAAAAUUCUCGGAUAAAUUGUAUCAGUUUGUCAGACAUUUUAUUUCAAAACCAAACUAUGCUCAAAAAAUUUGCUGUUUCAAGAAAAACAUAUUGAAAUUGACGAUUUGAUCAACAAUGUUCCGAUCAUUGAAAAUUGUAAAAAUAAAACACCGUGAUUUUUAAUUAACCCCAAAUCUGUAAUUUUUGAAACCAUAAAAAUUCACUGUUUCAAAAAAUUGAUAUUUGAAAUUCAUAGAUUUUAUAAUUGAUGCACUCCUAAGUGAAUUUACAACAACAACAAAAAAUAUCAAAAAUUCACUGUUUCAAAAGCUCUCAUUUUUCUCCGAGAUAUUUUACGUUUCAAUUGAAUUACGAUUGAAAUCGGUUAUUUGAUUCAUCAAUUUAGCUAGGAAACUUGCUUUUUAAAAACAAAUUAGAUUUUCAGUGAAAAAUAUCUGCAAGUGAAAUUAGUGAAAUUUCUACUGAUUCAAAAAAUCGAGAAAAACUAGUUUAGAAAAUUCACUGUUUCAAAAAAAGUGUGAAAUCAUAAUUUUCCAAAUAAAUUCAGUUUGAUGGUAGUUUUCCGUACAAAAAUUCACUGUUUCAAAAAUUAAUUAAUUAAUUAAUUGGGUAAAUUUAAAAUAUUGAGUAUUCCGAACAGUAGACAGGGUUUAUUCGUAAAAUUAUUUUUACUGUUUCAAAAAAUUUUCAAUUGAAAAUAUUAAUUUUUACUUUCGUUGGUAAUAUGAAAACAUUUAGGAAAAAAUAAUUCAGAAAUUCCACUGUUUCAAAAAAAAAACAAAAUUAAUUCAAUUUUUGGCCAAUUUCAGUUCACAAACAUAUUUUCUCAAAAAUUCACUGUUUCAAAAAAUAUAAUAGUAAAAAUUUUCAAAAUUAGUUCAGUAUAUCAACAAAAAUCUUCACUGUUUCAAAAAACGUGUCAAAUCGAAUUUUCUGAGAUUCGUGUAGUUAUUUGAAAAAAUUCUCUCAAAAAUUCACUGCUUCAAAAAAUUUUCAAUUAAAAAUAUUAAUUUUUGACUUUCGUUUAUAGUUCUAGAAAAAUUAAUUUAGAAAUUUCACUGUUUCAAAAUUUUUCAAGAUAAAUUAAUUUUUGGCCAAUUUCAGUUGUGUCAACAAUUUUUCUACAUAAUUUUCACUGUUUUAAAAAAUAAUCAUCAUAAAUUCUUCCUUUUUUCCCAUUGAUCUGAACUGUUAAUUCAAAUCUCCUUCCGCCAACCCAAAAAAGGUUCAAAAAUCAGUUAAUAAAAACAAGGUCAUUCGAAAGAAGAAACCUCGUGGUUCUUCUUUCAUUAUCUAUUUUUACAAUUUCUUAUCUUUUGGCUGUUUUUUGAAGUCAAGCAUGUUCUUCGGCAAAUUUAUUGAUAGUAGAUCAAAAAAAAUUUUUUUUUCAGGUUUUGUUCAUCGAAGAUGAUCGUCAACAGACUUAUGGGGAAUUUGUAAAAAGAGCUGGACAAUAUGCGACUGCUUUGACUGAAAAAUAUAAUAUCAAGGUGAAUUUUCUGCUCUAAAUCUACUAGAUCUCUAACCCAAAUCCAACACAAUUUGAUUUGCAGAAAGGUGAUCGUGUAAUGGCUCGUGUAUCAAAAUCAAUCGAUACAGCUGCUCUUUAUAUUGGUUGCCUUCAAAUUGGAGCACUUUAUAUUCCAGUCAAUCCAGGUUAUACUGAAUCAGAAGCUGCACAUUAUAUCAAAGAUGCUACUCCAAGUUUAUUAGUUACUUGUAAUGAAGAAUUGGAUAAGGGAUUUAGGUGGGCUUUUUUAAGGAGGGGAAAAAAUUAGAUACAGUAAGAAAAUCCUGAAUUUUCAAGAAAACUUUGAAAUCUUAUCAAAAAAACCAUCUUUGGAAUUUUUUUUCACUGUUUCAAAAAAUUCAGAAGAUUUUUUGAUGAAUUUUGGAUUUUAGUUAAGUAAUUCUUUUAAGAUUCUACUAACAAUAGAAAAUUUAAAAAUUUUCUAUUGUUAGUAGAAUUUUUGGUCAGAAAUUAUUAAAUGUGAAAAAAAUCUAGAAAAAAAAACAAAAAAUAUUAUCCAAAAUUAAUUUAAUUUUUUCACUGUUUCAGAAUUAUUUUGAUUAAUUUUGCUCGAUUUUUUGUUUGAGAUUUUUCUGAAAUUUUAGUUUCAAAAAUAGAAAUUUUAGAAAAUUAUUCAAAAUUAUUUUAAUUUUUUCACUGUUUCAAAAAAUUUACAAGAUAAUUUGAUGAAUUUUUAAAUUUUUGAAGAAAAAAUAUUCAAAUUUUAAAUUUAAAUUUUUCACUGUUUCAGAAUUAUUUUGAUUAAUUUUGCUCGAUUUUUUGUUUGAGAUUUUUCUGAAAUUUUAGCGUCAAAAAUUGAAAUCCCUAGAAAAAAAUCCAAAAUUAUUUUUUUUCCACUGUUUCAAAAAAUUUACAAGAUAAUUUGAUGAAUUUUGGAAUUUAAUUCGAUUGUUUGGAUGGUCAAGAAUUUUUAAAUUUUUCUAAAAAUUACCCAAAAUUCGAAUUUGAUUUUUUCACUGUUUCAAAAAUUUUAUAAUCAAUAUUGGUUGAUUUUUUGAUUGGUUUUAGUAAAGUUGUUCUCAAGUUAGUAGAAUUUUUGGUCAGAAAUUAUUAAAAUUGAAAAAAUCUAGAAAUUUCGUCUUAAAAAUGUAGAUAAAUUUUUGAAAAAAAAAGAAUAAUUUCCAGAAUUGAAAACUGAAUUUUUCCACUGUUUCAAAAAAUUUAUAAGAUAAUUUGAUGAAUUUUGGAAUUUAAUUUGGCUGAUCUUGUACCUCGAAUUUCAAUUUUUAAAUUAUUGAAGAAAAAAUAUUCAAAAAUUAAAUUUGAAUUUUUUCACUGUUUCAAAAAUGUUAUAAUUAAUUUUGGUUGAUUUUUUAAUUGAGAUUUUUUUGAAAUUUUAGCUUCAAAAAUAGAAAUCCCUACAAAUUAUCCAAAAUUAUUUUGAUUUUUUUUCACUGUUUCAAAAAAUUUAUAAUUAAUUUUGAUGAAUUUUGAAAUUUAAUAUGUCUGUGAGCAUCAUAUCUUUCAAUUCUUCCAGAUCCCAAAUCAAUGUUCUAAACGAGCUGAAACUUGCCAGCGAAGCCUCCACCCUCAAACCAUGCACUGAAGUUGAACAUGUUGAUCCACUUGAUGCCGCCUGUGUUUGCUACACUUCUGGAACUACCGGACUUCCGAAGGGAGCUAUUUUGACACAUGGAAUGCUCAAUAAUAAUGCUCAUGAUAUUGUUAGAGAUUGGGGAUUUACCGAGAAUGAUAGGUGGGUUUCGGGGAUUUUUUGAAGGGCUGAACUCAAAGCUGAAUAUGAGUUAUUGAAAUUGUGAGCCUAGUUCUCGCGCCUAGAAAUUCUAGUUGUCAAGUAGCCACGCCUAGAGAUCGACUCUAGCAAGGAUCAGCGCCUUGAGAGCCUAAUUGUCCAGUAGCCACGUCUAGAGAUCAUAAUUUUCAAGUAAGCGCGCCUAGAGAUCCACUACGACAAGGAACCGUCCCUAGAGAGCCAAGCUGUCAAGUCGCCGCAUCUAGAGACCCCAGUUUUCAAGUAGCCACACCUAGAGAUCUACUCAGGCAAGGAGCUGCCUCUAGAGAGCCAAGCUGUCAAGUAGCAACGCUUAGAGAUCCACUACGACAAGGAGCCGCCUCUAGAGAGCCAAGUUGUCAAGCAUCCACGGCUAGAACCCGUGGUUGUCAAGUCGACGCUUCUAGAGACCCCAGUUCUCAAGCAGCCACGCUUAGAGAACCUAAUUGUCAAGUAGCUGAGCCUAGAAACCCUAGUUGUCAAGCAGUCGCGCCUAGAUUUCCACUACGACAAGGAGUCGCCUCUAGAGAUCCACGCUGUCAAGCAGCCGCAGCUAGAAACCUCGUUUGUCAAGUAGCCGCGCCUAGAGACCCCAGUUCUCAAGUAGCCACGCCUUGAGAUUCACUCUGACAAGCAUCAGCGCCUUGAGAGGCUAUUUUUUACAAGCAGCCGUGUCUAGAGUGUCUUAUUGCUCAUAUUAAACUCUUUUUUUCCAAAAAAAAAUCGGCCUGAACUCUUCAUUUUUCAGUAUUUUCUUUCUUUCUUUUCAAAUAUUGAAAAAUUGAAUUUUUUCCAAAAAAAAUUACUGUUUCAAAAAAUACAUAUAAUUUUUCAAAUAUAAAAACAAUUCAGUAUCGAAUCUUUAGUCGACUUCCAUGAACACAGAAGCUAUUCAAAGCCACUUACAUGAAUAACUCAUAUGAGUUGUCCGAGAGAACUACACACAACUUCUAUACAAAGAUCAUGCUGAAAAUAACCCUGAAAUCCAAAAAUUCCAGAAAUCUUCACGCCCUCCCAUUCUACCAUGUUCAUGGUUUAUACUAUUCCCUCCAUUGCUCCUUAUUCUCCCAUUCCUCAAUCAUCUGGAGACCAAAAUUCGAAGUUGAAGACACAAUUAAACAUAUGAAAACAGCUACAGUAAUGAUGGGAGUUCCAACAUUCUACAGUCGACUUUUGAACAGUCCCAAUUUCACCAAAGAUGUUUUCAAAAAUAUUCGUGUCUUCCUAUCUGGCUCAGCUCCAUUGUCACUUGCCACAAUUGAAGAUUUCCAAAAACAUACGGGACAUGUGAUUUUGGAAAGAUAUGGGAUGACUGAGGCUGGAGUUAUGACAACUAAUCCAUUAAAUGGGGUUAGAAAGGCGGGAACUGUUGGACCGGCGGUUUCUGGAGUUGGAUUACGAAUUGCUCCAAAUGGGGGAAUUGAAGUGAAGACAAAUGCGAUUUUUGCGGGAUAUUGGAAGAAUCCAAAAAAGACGGCUGAAGAAUUCACUGAAGAUGGUUGGUUUAAAACUGGAGAUGUUGGAUUUGUUGAUGAAGAUGGAUAUUUGACGAUUGGUGGAAGAUCAAAAGAUAUGGUUAUUACUGGUGGAUUAAAUGUUUAUCCGAAAGAAUUGGAAGAUUUUAUUGAUACGUUGCCAUUUGUUGAAGAAUCGGCGGUUAUUGGUGAGAAAUUUGGGAAUUUUUGGGAAAAAAUUAUUCAAAAAAUCAUGAAAUUAUUUUUUUUUAAAAUAUAAAAUAGUUGAAACAGUGGAUUUUUUAUCACCAUAAAAUUAACUGUGAAAAACAAUUUCGAAAAAUUAUAUUUUCCAGCUGAAAAUUCAUAUUUUUUUCAACGAAAAAUAUUAGACACCAAAUUUUCCAAAAAAAAAAUACGUUUCAAAAAAUUCCUAAUUUUGCAGGGGUUUUUAUUCCGGCUGAUCUUUUGAACGAUUUACGUGCGAAAAACUAGCCUCAAAAAUUUUUAUAUAAAAUAUUUGAAACAGUGGAUUUUAGAACAUCAUAAAAAUUUACUGUUUCAAAAUUUUUGGUUGAAGUUUGGAUACAUUUUUCAUAAUCAAUUAUAAUACUAAUAACGAUUUUUUCUGAUUUUUGAAAUAAUUGAAACAGUGAAUUGUUGGAAAAUACGAGGAUUGAUCAAAAAUCGUUAUUUCUAAUUUUUCAUAUAAAAUUGUUGAAACAGUGAAUUUUUAGAUUUUUAGAGAACCAUAAAAAUUCACUGUUUCAACAUUCUGGAAAUCUGAAAGUUAGGCUAACUUUUUUUCAGAAAACUAGAAAGUUGGGGGAUUUUUGAAACAGUGAAAAAAGUUUUGAAAAAUUAUAUUUUUUAGCUGAAAAUUCAUACUUUUUUCAACGAAAAAAUUUAGAAAUCAAAUUUUCCGGAAAAAAUACGUUUCAAAAAAUUCCUAAUUUCACGGGGUUUUUAUUCCGGCUGAUCUUUUUAGCGUUUUACUCAAAAAUUUUUAUAUAAAAUAUUUGGAACAGUGCAUUUUUGAACAUCAUAAAAAUUUACUGUUUCAAAUUUUUUGGUUGAAGUUUGGAUGAAUUUUUCGUAGAUAAUUAUAAGAUUAAAUACUAAUAACCAUUUUUUCUGAUUUUUUUGAAACAGUGAAUUUUUGGGAAAAAGAAAAAAUGAUCAAAAAUCGUUAUUUCUAAUUUUUCAUAUAAAAUAGUUGAAACAGUGGAUUUUUUAGAUUUUUAGAUCACCAUAAAAAUUCAUUGUUUCAACAUUUUGGAAUCUGAAAGUUAGGCUAACUUUUUUCAGAAAACUAGAAAGUUGGGGGAUUUUUUAACAGUGAAAACAAUUUUGAAAAAUUAUACUUUUUUCAACGAAAAAAUUUAGAAAUCAAAUUUUCCGGAAAAAAUACGUUUCAAAAAAUUCCAAAUUUCGCGGGGUUUUUAUUCCGGCUGAUCUUUUUAGCGUUUUACGUGCGGAAAACUAGACUCAAAAUUUUUUAUAUAAAAUAGUUGAAACAGUGGAUUUUUGAAAACAUCAUAAAAAUUCACUGUUUCAAAAUUUUUUAGUCAAUUAUAAAAUUAAAUACUACUAACCAUUUUUUCUGAUGUUUUUUUGAAACAGUGAAUUUUUGGGAAAAAAAGAAAAAAUGAUCAAAAAUCAUUUUUUCUAAUUUUUCAUAUAAAAUAGUUGAAACAGUGGAUUUUUAGUCCAUAAAAAUUCACUGUUUCAACACAAUUUUGAAAAUCUGAAAGUUAGGCUAACUUUUUUGGGAAAACUAGAAAGUUGGGGGAUUUUUGAAACAGUGAAAAACAUUUUUCGAAAAAGUAUAUGUUUCAGCUGAAAAUUCAUGCUUUUUUCAACGAAAAAAUUUAGAAAUCAAAUUUUCUGGAAAAAAUACGUUUCAAAAAAUUCCUAAUUUUGCGGGGUUUUUAUUCCGGCUGAUCUUUUGAACGUUUUACGUGCGAAAAACUAGACUCAAAAAUUUUUAUAUAAAAUAUUUGAAACAGUAGAUUUUUGAGCAUCAUAAAUAUUUACUGUUUCAAAAUUUUUGGUUGAAGUUUGGAUGAAUUUUUCGUAGUCAAUUAUAAAAUUAAAUACUACUAACCAUUUUUUUUGAUUUUUUUGAAACAGUGAAUUUUUAGAUUUUCAGAGCACCAUAAAAAUUCACUGUUUCAACAUUUUGGAAUCUGAAAUUUAGGCUAACUUUUUUUUUAGAAAACUAAAAAGUUGGGGGAUUUUUGAAACAGUGAAAAAAGUUUUGAAAAAGUAUAUUUUUCAGCUGAAAAUUCAUACUUUUUUCAACGAAAAAAUUAAGGAAUCAAAUUUUCCGGAAAAAAUACGUUUCAAAAAAUUCCAAAUUUCGCAGGGUUUUUAUUCCGGCUGAUCUUUUUAUCGUUUUACGUGCGAAAAACUAGACUCAAUAAUUUUUAUAUAAAGUAGUUGAAACAGUGGAUUUUUGAACAUCAUAAAAAUUUACUGUUUCAACAUUUUUGGUUGUAUUUUGGAUACAUUUUUCAUAAUCAAUUAUAAUACUAAUACCGAUUUUUUUCUGAUUUUUUAAAUAAUUGAAACAGUGGAUUUUUGUGAAAUACGCCGGUUGAUCAAAAAUCGUUAUUUCCAAUUUUCCAUAUAAAAUAUUUGAAACAGUAGAUUUUUAGAUUUUUAGAUCACCAUAAAAAUUCACUGUUUCAACACAAUUUUGGAAUCUGAAAGUUAGGCUAACUUUUUUUCAGAAAAAAAGAAAGUUGGGGGAUUUUUUAACUGUGAAAAACAUUUUUCGAAAAAUUAAAUUUUCCAGCUGAAAAUUCAUACUUUUUCCAGCGAAAAAAUUCAGAAAUCAAAUUUUCCGGAAAAAAUACGUUUCAAAAAAAUUCCAAAUUUCGCAGGGUUUUUAUUUCAGCUGAUGCUUUGUACUUUUCUAGUGAAAAUUUCAACUCAACAAUUUUUGAAAUCAGAAUUUUUUAACUAAAUUUUGUUGAAACAGUGAAUUUUAGAUGAUCAUAAAAGUUCACUGUUUCAACAAUUUUUGGCUAAGAAAACGUUUAAAAAAAUUCGAAAUUUCAAUAUAAAAUUUUCGAAACAGUGAAUUUUUAAGAAUUUUAAAUAAUCGGAAAAAUUCACUGUUUCAACAUUUUCAUAAGAAAUUUUUCAUUUGAGCUCACUAAUGGUAAUCAAUCUCCAAAUCCUAAUUUACUAACGUAAAAUUUUCGAAACAGUGAAUUUUCUAAAAUAAAAAUUCACUGUUUCAUAAUUUUUACAUGAAAUUUUGCAUAAAAAUUCAGAGUUUGGUGAGCAAAAUUAAUAUUUUUUGGAACUCUUCCAAAAAUCCAGAAAAAAUUAAAAAUUAAAUUUUUUUCAGCCUCACCGCAUCCAGAUUUUGGCGAAGCAGUUGUUGCAGUCGUUGUACCAAAUGACAAAUCAGUGAAUCACAAAGAAUUCGAGCAAAAACUGAUUGGAAUUAUGAAGAAAAAAGUGGCGAAUUACAAAGUUCCAAAACGUGUUAUUCUACUCGAUUCGUUGCCAAGAAAUCAUAUUUCGAAACUUCAGAAAAAAGAGCUUCGUGAAGCUUAUAAACAUCUUUUUCUGGAGAAUAAUUGA